GAAGAACCGCUUUCAUUCAUAUGGGUUGUGUCUAUAUAUAUAUUGCUUCAGCUCUUAGCUCUAGGACUAUGAGUUUACCGUGUUGAGAGUGAGAUAGAUAUUCAUAGCAGCAGCAAAUGGGUGUGUUUUUGGGUCAUUUAUCAGCUUGCUCUCUUCAGUGGUACUGGUGGUGAGCUUGCACGUUCUUGGUCAUUUGACAUGUUAUUUGCUUAUAACGUCCGCUAUUACUUCUUCUCAUCAAAACACAGACCAGAAAACAACCUCGGCAUCCAGUGAGACAAAAGGGGUUGAUGCAAAUCAUCAUGCUAAAGUAUUUUACAAACACACUUGGCCGGGGCUGAAAUUUGGAUGGAGAAUAGUGGUGGGCACCAUAAUUGGAUUCUUAGGAUCAGCAUUUGGGACUGUGGGAGGUGUUGGUGGAGGUGGCAUAUUUGUGCCCAUGCUUACCCUAAUCAUUGGAUUCGAUGCAAGAUCAGCAACAGCAAUAUCAAAAUGCAUGAUUACUGGUGGAGCAGGAGCAACUGUUUUCUACAAUUUGAAGCAAAGACACCCAACCCUUGACUUGCCUGUGAUUGACUAUGACCUAGCACUUCUUUUCCAACCAAUGUUGAUGCUUGGGAUCAGUAUUGGAGUUGCUUUCAAUGUUAUUUUUCCUGAUUGGAUGCUGACAACUUUGUUAAUAGUAUUUUUCAUUGGCAUUUCAAUUAACGCUUUCCUUAAGGGUGUUGAUACAUGGAAAAAAGAAACCCUUAAAAAGAAGGAAGCUAGGGAGAAUUCACAGUUAAAUGAUAUUGGAAGGACUGAAGAUGUCGCUCAUGAUCUUCAAACAGCAGAUCCGGUCAAUGACAGUCAUACCAAUACUAAUCAAUCAAGGAAGAAAGUGGUUUCUGUUUUUGAGAAUAUUUAUUGGAAGGAACUUGGACUUCUUUUGUCUGUCUGGAUCAUGAUACUUGCAUUAGAGAUAGGAAAAAAUUACACAACAACUUGCUCAGUGGUAUAUUGGACUUUGAAUCUACUGCAGGUCCCUAUCACUGUAGGAAUGAGUUCAUAUGAGGCUGUGCUUCUAUACAAAGGGAAGAGAGUCAUAACAUCCAAGGGAGAACAACAAACACAAUGGCGAGUGGAGCAGUUAAUUCUGUACUGCUCCUGCGGCCUAGUUGCUGGCAUCAUUGGUGGCUUGCUUGGUCUUGGUGGAGGAUUCAUCUUGGGUCCCCUUUUUCUUGGACUAGGAAUUCCUCCUCAGGUGUCAAGUGCUACAUCCACUUUUGCAAUGGCAUUUUCUGCAUCUAUGGCAGUUGUGGAAUAUUACCUCCUGAAACGUUUUCCUAUUCCUUAUGCUCUUUACUUCGCAGCUGUAGCUACUGUUGCUGCGCUUGUUGGGCAGCAUUUGGUUAGAAAGCUUAUUGCCAUUCUGGGGAGAGCAUCUCUGAUCAUAUUCAUCCUAGCCCUCACGGUUUUUGUGAGUGGAAUAUCACUAGGUGGAGUAGGCAUAUCAAACCUGAUUCAGAGGAUUGAAAAGAAGGGGUUCAUGGGGUUUGGAAACCUUUGCACUUACAAGGUUGGAAAUUAGAAAUCAUGAUGGGCAAGGAGUAAAUGGCUCCUUAUUUCACAAUAAUUUAGUGUUGUCAGGGUUUGUAUUAAAAAAAAAAUUACCUUUUCUUUUACCAAAAAUAUUUUACCUUGUUUGAUUGUUCUACGACUUUAUGACUGUCUUAAAGUUGC